AGUUACCACCCCUUGUGUUGCAAAAAACAUGGCGACAGAUAGGCUUGUAACUCGUGCAGAAGUCACGGCCUUUGUAAAGCGCUGCAUGAUAUCCGUUGGGACUCCAGAGGAGCAUGCGGCAUCACUAGCAGAUAUACUCGUCACUGCAGACUACAGGGGACACUUUAGUCAUGGAUUGAACCGAUUGGAGAUGUAUGUUAAUGAGGUAUCCAGUGGUCUCAGUGAUCCAAAGGCUAAGCCUACAGUUAUAAAGGAGAGUCCUAGCACUGCUUAUGUUGACGGACACAACGGGAUUGGAUCAGUUGUGGGGACUUUUUGCAUGGAAAUAGCAAUGAAGAAGGCAAAGGAGACUGGAAUUGCUUGGGUCACCUGUACAGGUUCUAAUCAUUAUGGUAUUGCUGGUUAUUAUGCUUUGAUGGCAGUCAAGCAAGGACUAAUUGGUAUGUCAUUUACUAACACUUCACCAUUAGUGGUACCAACAAGAUCCAAAGAUAUUGCUUUUGGUACUAAUCCUAUUGCGUUUGGUGCUCCAGCAAAGGAUGAUGAUUAUUACAUGUUGGAUAUGGCUACUUCGACUGUAGCUCUGGGUAAGGUAGAGAUGAAGAGGAGGAAGGAAGAGCCACUCCCACCAGGAUGGGCUGUUGACUCGGAUGGAAAGGAGACACUUGAUCCUAAUGAUGUGUAUAAAGAUGGUGGUCUUUUGCCACUAGGAGGAUUAGAACUAAACUCUGGUUAUAAAGGAUAUGGACUGGCUAUGAUGGUAGAGACUAUAUGUGGUGUACUCAGUGGAGGACCUUUUGCUUCAAACAUUAGGAAAUGGAAGAGUGAUCCUAGAGUUGCUAACCUGGGACAAACUUUCAUGGCUCUAGAUCCAAAUUGCUUUGCCCCUGGAUUUGAGGACAAGAUGCAGGAAUUCAUGGAUGAAAUAAGAGGAAUGGAUCCAUCUGAUCCUUCCCUACCAGUGAAAGUGGCUGGUGAUCUCUCAAGAUCAAGAAUGAAACUAGCAGAUGACAAUGGAGCCAUCACUUACCAUAAGAACAUGAUCAGUUCACUGAAUGAACUGGCUGAGAGGCUUAAAGUUGAUCCUAUCAAAGUCCUUGACUCAUAGUAUAUAUUGCUUAUUUCUUGCUUCACAAUUGCUGUGUAUUUAUUAAUUUAUUUAUGGUUUAUAUGCUAAAAUUAUAUUUU